AUGGCUCCGGCCUCCGUCGAGGGCGCGGGCAGCUGCGGCAGCACGGCUCGGGCCACCUGCGAGGGCGUGGGCGGCGGCGGCGGCGCAGCUCGGGCUCGCGAGGCCGCUCCGCCCGUGGGGGGCCCGAGCUGCCUCGGAGCGGGGCGCCCGGAGGCGGCAGCGGGCAGCUCGGACGCGCCGCCGCACGUGGCGCGCAGCCAGACCGCGGGCAUGUCGAACACGGUCUGCGUCUCCGACGCUGUCGGCGAGUGGGCGGUCGUGGGGGCGAAGCUCGUGCAGGACCUAUCGAAAUUUGGAGAGGUCGCCCGCCUCGACGCCAUCGGCGGCACGCUCGGGACCGUGCUGGCGACGUACUUCGACGUGCGGUGCGCCCAAAGCGCGCUGCUGCACAUGGCGUCCCGCGCUGAACCUUUCCAAUCAGCGCCACAGGACUGCCGCAUCGUCUUGGUCGACCUGCUGGGCUUCUUCGCGAAGACAGGCUACGCAGCAAGACUCCAAGAUUUCGGGGAGGUGGCCCACGUCGACAUGUACGGGGCGCUGGCGGCCGUCGAGUUCUACGACCUUCGCUCUGCACGAGCGCUCUGGGUGGCGGCGGGUGACUGCGCCACCCCCGUGUCCAACCACCACGACCUGGCGGCAGAGCGCGGGCCGCCCGGGCCAGCCUGCUCUCCGCAGUGGGCACGGCGCAGGGGAGAGCCCUCUGUCCGAGGCCCGACGGGCCCGAGAAGGUUGACGGACAUCGAUGGUCACGUUGGGUGCGGGGGGGGGGAGGGCCGCUCUGCCCGCGCAUGA